AUGCGUAUUGGGUCACUUCAGGUAUCAAUUGGCGCCCUCUUCUCCUUCUGCUCUCGUUCGGGCACAGGGAGCCCGACUGUUAUUCGUCAAACACCGGGACCAACUGUUUCGAACAAUACUUUUGCACGAUUCGUACGCUAUGCGGACUUCUCCUCUGCAGCAUAUGCGUCUGAUUGUCCAAAUCCGCCUUUCGGAGCAAGCAUCACGCACCGAAUCAAUAACCCAGACACGGACACCCAAGGCUUUGUAGCGCGAGACGAUAGCGCCAAAGAAAUCAUCAUCGCCUUUCGCGGCACCUCUGAUCUCGCAGACUUUGGGACCGACUUCUCGCAGGAGCUCGUCUCAUACACGUCACCCGCGGUGACAGCCACCUGCGGAAACUGCACAACGCACAAAGGCUUCCUCGGCGCCUGGAAUAGCAUCGCCGAGGAGGCCAUCUCAGCCGUCCGCGACCAGCUCUCGCCCAACCCCUCGUACAAUGUCACCGUCACCGGACAUUCCCUCGGCGCCUCGGUGGCCGCGCUUGCCACCCUCUCGUUCCUCGGCGCCGGCAUCCCCGUGACCACGUACACCUUCGGCGAGCCCCGCACUGGUAACGCGGCGUGGGCCGACUUCGUUGAUCAGCAGGCGCCGCCGGGCAACAUGUUCCGCGUCACGCAUGCCAACGACGGCGUGCCGCAGACGAUCCCGACGAGCGACGGGUACAGGCACCACUCGACCGAAUACUGGCAGCGGGACGAGGCGACGCCCGCCGGUGUGUUCCAGUGCUUCGGGCAGGAGCCUACGGACUGCAACAACGCUGUCAGGGGCACCGGCCUGGGCGCAAACGGAAUCGGCAUUAAUGCUGCUCACCUUGAGUAUCUCGGCAUCUCGACAGGCAAUCCUCUCGAUGAUGGUGCGACUGCCUGCAAUGGCAAGCCACCUACUAUCUUAGGUGUCAUUGGCGGUUUCUUAGGCUUCGGGAACGAGACUGAAUGA